AUGUUUUGGAUCGUAAAGAGGAGGGCCUUCACGUUCACCUUCCUUUCAUACAUCAGCUUCGUGUAUUCAGACAAGGCGGUUAACGUAGGUAACCCAGUGGCGGGGGGGUUAAGUGGUGGCUUGGUUAAUGGACUAACGAGUGGCUUCACCAACACCGUACAUCACCCGGGCGCGGGAGGGGGAUUAAAUAUGCAGACAUGCCAAUCGGCAGGAUGCUCGUCAUACAAAAACAUUACACAUAACGAUUCAGGAGAUUGUCUAAACGGGUUCAUCUGCAAAAAAUGUAAAAGAACACACGCGAAGAAUCCAAGCAUCUGCUUCUACUCCUCCCUCCAGGGGUACGAAAAUCUCUACGAAGCACAUCUAGAGGAUUUCACACAAGCAACACCAUAUGACAAUUUCAAUAUCCCGCUGGAUAACUCAAGCGGAGUUCAGAAAAACAGAAAGGAAGAAUCAACACACAGUGAUAAGGAGACCACCUCUAGUGGAAAAUCAGGGAGUAACGAAAGGGAUAGUUACUUAGAAGGAGAAGAUGAUGAUGGAGAAAAAGGGAAAUUGCAAAGUCUCGACAAGAGCGACAAAACAGGAAGAAACCGUUACAUGAAGGAGGAAGAUGACAACGAUGAAGAGGAAAGUGAUGUGGAGGAAGAUGAUCAAACGGAUGAAGAAGAUGAAGAUGAUGAGAAAGGCAAGCGUGGUGGAAGUAAAGGAGGCAACUUCUCUCAGGAGAAGAAAAAAGGAACAAGUAAUUUCCAUGCAGAUUCUGAAGUGGAAUCAUUUUUGCAAAAAUCACCUGACCAUGUUCAUAAAAAAGUGAAAUUACACAAUUUAGCGGAAAAAGGAAGGAGGGAAAAGAGUAGUAAAUCCAGACCGAAAAAAAUGCAGGACGAUUUCUCCAGUUUGUUAGAAACGCACAUGCACCUUCGCAACAAGGAGGUGAAACAUAACAGUGGAAUGUUCGAAUUUGCGAGCAGUUCCGCUUCUCUUGAGAGGGCCUCCCCUAACGCCUAUUCCUUCCCCUACGAUUAUUAUUCCUUCGCUCAGUCCAAAAACAGCAAGGAAAAAAUCGUCUAUAAGCGCCUCAAAAUAAACCUGAACAAACAUGAAAAGUAUUUUAAGAGCAAAUUGAACAAAUGUUACGUGGGAGAAGAUGGAAUAGCCACUCUUUACGUGAAGGUUCUGCUACAAAUUGUCAAGGACAAAAACGAUAUUUAUGUAGACGUGAGCAGGAGGAGUGCAUCGUCUAAUAUAGCCCCAGCGUCAGGUGGUCAAAGGGGGAAUGGAGGAAAUAAGACAAAGGGGGUAAGCCAGUCGGGAGAAGAGGACGACAACGAUGACGAAGAGGAUUCAGAGGAAAGUGAAUCGGAUGAGUACAUGCGCAUGUCCAGAGGAGCCAAGUCGGGGGGAGGGUACAAUUACUCCUCAGAUACCGAAACGGACGGCACGGUAAAUAAGUACGCCUAUGUGGAAGUACACAAUGUACAGAUGAACGGGGGAGAAGACGAACAGAUGAACAAACGAACAAAGGAACAAAUGAACAGAGGAACAGACCAACAGACAAACGAACCGCAGUCCUUCUACCAAGUGAACGAGGACAUGGACGGAGAUUCCAUGGGCAACUAUUACAAAUCCAGGAGUGGCUUCUUCAAGUCCAUUUUCAAUAGGGUUUUUAAAAAAAAAGGAGACUCAGAUGAUGAUACGGGAGGGGAAGACGAGGAAACAGAUGAAGAAUCCCAUGGGAAGAAAAAAAGGAGGUGGAAGUUCCCAUGGAAAAGACGAAGUGGGAAAAAUAAACAACUACAAGGUGGAGACGAAGAGGACGAUGAGAGUGAGGAUGAGUCACGAAGCAGUCGACGUUCAAGUGGAAGAAAGCGGAGAUUUUUCGGUCGGUCCAAUCGAGAGGAAGACAACAACGAUGACAAUCAGGAGGAUGAUGAAGAAGAAGAUGAAGAAUCUACUGGAAGAAAAGGCAAAGGCAACGACAAAGGAAAAGACAAUAAACAGGGAAAAGGUGGCAAAGGGGGAAUAUACAACAGGAAUUCAUCAAAAGUAGCUACUCUCUUUACAAAAAUCAAAAGGAAAAUAAUACCCAUAAAACAAAAGCUACAUAUAGAAGCGUUUUUUAAUAGUAUUAUUGUUAAGUCCUGCAGAAAUGCUCUGAAGUGGGAGGGCAAUAUGUUUCGGAAGCAAUCGCUUGUUGAAAUGACCGUUAAGGUGCCCGUUAAAAUGAAGUAUAUACAAAAGGAACCUCUACAUUUUUUUCGAUCUGGUUACGAAGUUAUUUUAACCUGCCGUAACUGUGAAGAGGUUCUGUUCAAUUCGUGUGUGCAGGUCUACUGCACAAAGACGCCGAGCAAAGCGGAACAGGUGGUGGAGCAUCACAACGGUCACGCAACGGGAGGUGCAGUGGGCAAUGCAUCUUCUGUUGGAACGGGGGUAGUCGCAACGGGGGCACUCGCGGCGGGAGCACUCGCAGCAGGAGCACUGGCAACGGGAACAGUUGCUAAGGGGACCACCUCUGAAUCAUCACAUCUUUAUUCAUCAAGCCCGUCGGAUUUCUCUCCAAUUUUCAUGUUCGAUUACAACGGUCAGCACUUCCCGGGAAAUGUAAACACACAGACAGAUGAUUACAGCGGUGAAGUACAUGUGUACAUUAGCUACACAGUUAUUCUGGCAACAGUGAUGCUUGUCCUACUUGUAUAG